AUGACGAAAAUAACAGAUGCAGCAACGAGACAGGCAGUUCAAAGUGCCUAUGACGCCGUUAGAGCAACUGUUGUGAAAAGUCAAGAAAAAGAGUUACAACAGACCAAAACAGACCUAGUAAAUGCUUUCUUAAGAACGAAAAGUCAGGUAGGACAUUACGCUGCAGAUGGAACAUAUGUGCCAGCUGGUGGAACUUAUAUACCACCAAACCCUCCAAGAGAAGCACCUGCACCAGGACUACCUAAAACAUUUACAUCGUCACAUGGACACAGACACAGGCAUGCACCAAAACCAACACAACAACAACAACAACCAACACAACAACCAACACAACAACCACCUCCACAACCAACAGUUCAAAACCCUGCACAACAACCACCUCCACAAACAGAGCAAGGACAUAAAAGAAGUAGAGAACAAGGAAACCAAGAAUUCUUAAAAAUGCUUAAAGAAGAGUGUGGUUUCCCAGAUACUGUUGACUUUAGUGACAGAUAUAAAGAAGCUAUUGGAAAGUUCAAGGAUGGAAAUACUGACCCGAACCUAUUUAGCUUUAUGGCUCAGCACCAAAACGGAUAUAAUCUCAAACCUGGAAAAUACAAGCUCGCUAAGGGAUAUGAUUUAAUAGCAUAUCAUCCAAAUGACAUGGAUGAAUUUACUCCGAGAUAUUUGAU